AUGUUGCCAAACUCCAUCAUCGCCGCUGGCACUCUGCUGGCAGGCGUUGCCUCUGGACAAGUGACUUCCCCGCCCAAGUAUCCUUCACCGUGGAUCAAUGCGGACUUUAACUGGGACGACCCUUCUCCCGUUCCGACCAGCGGUCGAAAUUGGGCACAGGCUUAUGAUAAGGCUGUCGAGUUUGUUAGCAAACUCACUCUUCUGGAGAAGGUCAACCUCACUACUGGUGUAGGAUGGGAGGGGGGAAGAUGCGUGGGAAACUCUGGAUCGAUCCCUCGACUUGGGUUUCCAGGCUUUUGCAACCAAGACUCGCCCCUUGGUGUUCGUGACACGGAUGAAAAUUCGGCCUUCCCAGCUGGAAUGAAUGUGGCGGCAACCUGGAGUCGGAGCCUGAUGUACGCUCGAGGUGCGGCUAUGGGAGCUGAGCAUCGCGGAAAGGGCGUAGAUACGCAAUUGGGACCUGUGGCGGGGCCUAUUGGCCGUACACCUGAGGGUGGUCGAAACUGGGAAGGCUUCAGCCCUGACCCAGUGCUCACGGGAGUUGGAAUGGCCCAGACGGUUCAGGGAAUCCAAGACUCUGGUGUAAUUGCCUGUGCCAAGCAUUUCAUUGGUAACGAGCAGGAACAUUACCGUCAAGGUGGUGCUUCCGCGUUAUCGAACGGACAGAACAACAAGCAAGCAGAAUCCUCCAACAUCGAUGACGUUACGCUUCACGAGCUGUAUCUCUGGCCCUUUGCGGAUGCUGUUCGCGCUGGAGUAGGGUCCAUCAUGUGCUCAUACAACCAGGUCAACAACAGCUACGCAUGUCAAAACAGUUACAUGCUGAAUUACAUUCUCAAGGAGGAACUGGGUUUCCAGGGAUUUGUCAUGAGCGAUUGGUGGGCACAGCAGUCUGGUGUCGCCAGCGCCCUGGCUGGCCUUGAUCAGACCAUGGCUGGAGAUCAGGGUCUUGCGUCUGGAGACACUUACUGGGGAAGCAACCUUACUGCCGCUGUCAUCAAUGGCACCGUUCCCCAAUGGAGACUCGACGACAUGGUGGUGAGAAUUAUGACUUCUUAUUACAAGAUUGGCCGUGAUGUUACCAAAGUCCCUGUCAACUUCGAUUCAUGGAGUUUGGAGACCACCGGGCCCAUAUAUGCGCAGGAUCCAAACAAGGGACUUACGACCAUCAACCAGCACGUCAACGUACAAGCUGAUCACAAGAACCUCAUUCGCCAGAUUGGUGGCGCCUCAACAGUUCUCCUCAAGAACACGAAGAAGGCGCUCCCUCUGAAGAAACCCAAGAGCAUUGCCGUCAUCGGAAACGACGCUCAUGACAACCCAGCGGGCCCCAAUGCAUGCAGCGACCGAGGCUGCUCCAACGUCAAGAACGGCUACCCCAUCUGGACCCUCGCUAUGGGUUGGGGAAGUGGCACUGCCAACUUCCCAUACUUGAUCAGUCCCGUUACAGCUCUUUCUGCCCAGGCCGAGCAGGACAAGACCAGCUUCAGGAAUGUGAGCAACAACUUUGAUACAAAUGCUAUCAUCAAGGCAGCUUCAGGUGUUGAUGCAGCUAUUGUAUUUGUCAACGCCGAUAGUGGCGAAGGCUACAUCACUGUCGACGGCAACCAGGGUGAUCGAAACAACCUCACUGCCUGGGGUAACGGCGACGCAGUGGUCUCACUGGUUGCGCAGCACAACCCAAAUACCAUCGUUGUCAUGCACACUGUCGGACCUAUCAUUGUGGAGGCCUACAAGAACAACCCCAAUGUCACUGCCAUUCUCUGGGCUGGUCUUCCUGGCCAAGAGUCCGGCAAUUCCAUCACCGACGUUCUCUACGGCAAGGUUAACCCCCAGGCCAAGUCUAUCUUUACCUGGGGCAAGCAGCGUACUGACUGGGGUACUGAUGUCAUUUACACAACUGCCCAAGAUCCGGUACAAAUCCCGUACACCGAGGGAACCUUCAUUGACUAUCGCCACUUCGAUGCCGCUGGUAUUGAACCAAGCUACGAGUUCGGCUUUGGCCUUAGUUACACCACGUUCACCUAUUCUGAUCUCAAGAUUGUCAAGCACAAGGUCCGCAAUUAUACUCCCAAUAAAGGCAAGACGUCAUCAGCACCCACAUUUGGAACUAUCAACAAGAAUCCUGCGAAAAAUGAGUUCCCCAAGAACAUUGAUCCAAUUAACCUCUACGUCUACCCAUAUCUCGAGGGUCCCGUUCCUGAAGGGCAGCCCGAAGACGUCCCUCCAAACUCUCAGGAUGGGUCGCCCCAGAAGGUCGCCCCGGCUGGUGGUGCUCCUGGCGGAAAUCCUCGUCUGUACGACGUUCUGUAUACUGUCACAGCUCAAAUCGAGAACACUGGAAAGGUCGUGGGUACCGAAAUCCCGCAACUGUAUGUGAGCCUGGGUGGCCCAACUGAUCCCGUACGUGUUCUGCGAGGAUUUGAUGACAUUGAGAUUCUUCCUGGCCGAGCUGCCACCGUCACAUUCCAGUUGACCAGACGUGACCUGAGUAACUGGGACUCAUCAAGCCAGAACUGGUUCAUCUCUAACUAUGCCAAGACUGUCUAUGUGGGAAGCUCUUCAAGGACUUUGCCCUUGAGCCAAAUUCUUCCUUAG